GGGAUUGCAAAUUUCAUUACUUUCUAAAACCCCAAAACCCUAAUCCUACUUCUCUUUAUAAGCAACAGAGAGCUCUGGCAUUCCCAUCGCAUUCUUCAGACCGAUCCUUCCUUCAUCUUCGUCAGAGAGCUCAAUUUGAAGUUUGGUUGUUACCAGAAGAGAACAAUGUCCAACCCAAAAGUCUUCUUUGACAUUUUGAUUGGAAGGAUGAAAGCAGGCCGGAUUGUCAUGGAGUUAUUUGCAGACACAACUCCAAAAACUGUGGAGAAUUUCCGAGCCCUCUGCACUGGAGAGAAAGGGAUCGGAAGAUCUGGGAAACCACUGCACUAUAAAGGCUCAACAUUUCACCGUAUAAUCCCGAAUUUCAUGUGCCAAGGAGGAGAUUUCACAAAGGGUAAUGGAACAGGAGGAGAAUCAAUCUAUGGCUUGAAAUUUGCAGAUGAAAACUUCAAGAUGAAACACACAGGACCGGGUAUCCUAUCAAUGGCGAAUGCUGGACCAGACACGAAUGGUUCUCAGUUCUUCAUUUGCACUGAGAAGACUCCAUGGCUGAAUGGGAAGCAUGUUGUGUUUGGGAAAGUUGUGGAUGGUUAUAGUGUGGUAGAGGAGAUGGAAAAGGUGGGUUCAGAUAGUGGGAGGACUUCACAGACAGUUGUGAUAGAAGAUUGUGGCCAGAUCUCUGAGAGUUGAAGGUAGAAAUUUUCACUUUCCAUUCUUGAAAAAUAAUGCUUCUCUUGCCUGGCUCCCCUAAAUUGAACUCUCAUGGCUAAAAAAAUUAUCUUGUUUCCGUAAGAAAUGAGUUCUAUGCUAAACCAGGUGUAAAUCACUCCAUAAGUACAAGGCCAACAGGCAGUUGCUUUAUGAGGUUGGGGGAUGUUUACAAGCAAUAUGGUUUGGAAGAAAAGGCAUAGAAGCUAUAAGCCUACUAGAAUGAUGAUCCUACAUUCAAUGAUUUGAACUUUGUAUGUAGUGUAUGUUCCACAAAAUGGAUCAUUUUGUUUUCAACAUUUGAAAAUGAGAUGAUUUUUAAGAACAUGGUAUUAUUAUCCGACCUUGUUGGAUGAUUAAGAAACAAUUUUGUGGAUAGGAGUCUUAUAUAAUUUAGUAAAAAUAAAUGUAAUGGGUGGGACUUAAACUUGGGUCUAGAGGAGGUUGAAAGACAGAUUUAUUCUUGAACUUAUUAGUGAUUUUGAUACUAA